UAAGAAUGAAUAGUGCUACCACCGCACCACAACCUAGUAGGUUCUUAUAACUAACAACUCCAUCAUCAACCAAACCAAAAUAAGGCCAAAAAAAUGGCAAAGUCCAUAGACUCAAAGCUCCAUAUAGUCAUGUUCCCAUGGCUAGCUUUUGGCCAUAUAAUCCCAUUUCUCAACCUCUCGAAUUCACUAGCUAAAAAAGGUCACAAAAUCACAUUCUUAUUACCCAAGAACACACAAAUCCAACUUCCAAAUCUUAAUCAAUAUUCCAAUCUCAUCAACUUUCACAAACUCACAAUCCCUCAUGUACAUGGACUUCCAUAUGGAGCUGAAACAACAGCUGAUGUUCCAACAUCUUUGGAAAGUUUACUAGCAAUAGCUAUGGAUGAGUUGUAUGAUGAAAUUAAAUGUUUUCUUGAAAAUCUAAGACCCCAUUUUGUUUUCUUUGAUUUUGCUUAUUGGAUUACUGAUAUAGCAUUAGAAAUUGGAGGUAUCAAGACUUUGUGUUAUAAAGUUGUUUGUCCCGCUACAACUGCUAUUUCUUUGAUUAGAUCACCUGAUAAGAGUACUUUUAUGCAAUCAACUGCAGCUGAAAAAGUUAAGCCACCACCAGGUUACCCUUCUACUACUGUGGUGUUGCAUGAACACGAAGCUAAGUUGUUAUCCUUUCUAUUUCAAGAAUAUGGCAAGGGGGUGACAAUUUACGAGCGAUUGAAGAAGGGAAUGGCAAUGUGCGAUGCAAUAGUUAUGAAAACAUGCCGCGAGAUUGAAGGAACAUUUGGCGACUACAUAGAAACACAGUUUAAAAAGCCGGUCCUUUAUACAGGACCUGUUCUUCCUGAGCCUGAAAAGGAGUCUUUAGAAGAACAUGAACUAUCGAAUUGGCUAGAGAAAUUCGAGCCAGGAUCAGUAGUUUUCUGUGCAUUUGGAAGCCAAUUGAUUCUUGAAAAAAAGCAGUUUCAGGAACUUGUUUUAGGCCUUGAAUUGGCAAAGUUACCGUUUCUAUUGGCUGUUAAGCCACCUGAAGGGACAAAUUCAGUAGAAGAAGCCUUGCCGGAAGGGUUCAAAGAAAGGGUUCAAGAAAAGGGAUUGAUUCUUGAUCGUUGGGUGCCACAAUUGAAGAUUUUAAGGCACAAAUCAGUUGGUUGUUUUGUGAGUCACUGUGGGUAUGGAUCAAUGUGGGAAUCUUUAGCACUGUGCGAUUGUCAACUAGUACUAUUGCCAAGUACUAGUGAACAAACUUUAAAUGCUAGGUUGAUGGAACAAGAACUUAAGGUUGGUGUUGAAGUAGAGAAAGAUGAAAAUGGUUGGUUUUCAAAGGAGAAUUUGUCCAAGGCUGUGAAAUGUGUCAUGGAUAAAGAUAGCCAAAUUGGUUGUUUUGUGAAAGAGAAUCAUAGAAAAUGGAAGGAAGUUCUUUCAAGUCCUGGCUUCAGGAGUAACUACAUCGAUAAUUUUAUUCAGAACUUGCAUGAACUUCUUGAAUAGAGCAGUGGUGGCUACCAUUGAAGUCACGCGAGUUCAGAUCGUGUAUUUGUGUUAAGAAAUCCAUAAUAUGUAUAAAUAACGUAUCAUGAACCAGUUGUUGCCUUGUCCUAAAAUUCGAAUUCCAUAAACUUAAAAACUUGCAUUCACCUCAGAUCUGAUCUCUGCUAAAUGUAAGGCAGAUAUUUGAACUCUUAGUAAUACUCCAUUUUCUGCA